AUGAACAAGUUAUUCGUCGCCAGUCUUCCAUGGAGCGUCUGCAAAGUCGCCUUGAAGAACCAUUUCUCAAAGUUUGGUCCAGUCACUGACGGUAUCGUCCUGUUGGACCGUGCCACCAACCGUUCCAAGGGAUUCGGUUUCGUCACUUUCGCCAACAACGAGUCCCUCCAAAGAGCCCUGCAAGCCCAACACGAGAUCGAGGGAAGAAAGUUGGUCGUCAACAUCGCCUACGAUAAGCCAAGAGAGAACAACUACGACAACAACCGUAACAACCGUAACAACAACCACGAGGAUGACCUCAACUAA